AUGGUCCCCAAAGACCAGCCCGAGCUCCUCGAAUCCGGACCGCGAUACGCAUCCAGCAAACUUCACGGCUCAGCCUCACCGAAGAACGAGGACUCGAGCCCGGAUAAGCGCAGCUGCGACGGUGUUCUGCCAGCAUGCUCAGGUUGUCAGAAGGCUGGUGUUCGAUGUGUGGAUGGAGGCACUUCACGUGAAAUACCUCGAAACUAUUUAACUGAACUUGAGUCGCGAGUUGCAUGGCUGGAGUCGGUUGUCCGUGAGAGGUGUCCAGAUGUCGAUCUCACCACAGGGCCAGGGCGUCCAUCGCGAGCUCACUCAUCGGCUGUUGAGCGUGGACAAUCUUCAACGCGGCAAGCCUCCCAAGACUCUCCAGAAGAGACUUCGCCACAUGAGAUUACAGAGCAGAUGGGCCUGAUAUCCAUUUCGGGUGGCUCUGACCUUCGAUACUUGGGGCCAUCCAGCGGCCUUUUCUUCACCAAAUUCGUGCUUGCGGGCUUAGCACAUGUUGCAGAUAUUGAGACGGUAAACCUUCGCGGCACUGCGUGCGACGAUACCGAUGUGUUCCUACCUGGGGACCUGGUCGACUUGCAGGCCAAGGAUUUCCCGAAUGACAAGAGGCAAGCCAUGUUCCUCACUCAAAUCUACUUCGACUCCGUCCACCUACAGUUUCCUUUCCUCCACGAACCCUCACACCAUGCCAUCCUCCACAAACUCUACAAUGGAGAGACUCUGGAUGCGCUAGAGGAAUUCCACGCAUUCAUGGUACUAGCUAUCGGUGCCACGAUAUACGGUCGUCGCUCGAGGCGGCACAUGCUGGGUGAGGGCUAUUAUGCCUCGGCCCUGCAGCGUCUAGACACCGUCUUUAGAACGCCGUCACUCGUCACAUGCCAGUGUCUUUUGUUGCUGGAGAUGUAUACCCUUCACGACCCAUCGUCCGGACUCAAUCUGUGGACACUUCACUACCACUCACUGGCAUCAUGUUUGGAGCUGGGCUUGCAUCGUGAUGUUCGGAAUCCCAGGCACUUUAACCCUCUGCAGGUGGAACUCCGUACCAGAAUUUUUUGGUGCACAUAUACCAUGAACAGACAACUAUGCACGAUCAUGGGCCGGCCGCUGGGAUUUUUUGAUGAGCAAUGUGAUUUGAGAUUACCCAUGGACGUAAACGAUGAUGAGUUGACCGAGGAAGGGGUGCGGCCUUCGACAAGGCCUCCAGGAAGCCUUACUACCAUGUCAAGCGCAAUCCAUCUCUUUAAAUGGGCGAGAUUCAGUUCUGAGGUAAAGACGGUUUUGUUUUGCACUGAUCGAAGCUAUCCGCCUUAUGUAUCUCCCGCUAUUAACGAUGUAACGGCAUGGAAAACAGACAUGAUAAGUCGUCUGCGGAAGUGGCGACAGGACAUUCCCAAGCACGCCGAAGGCGAGCGCACUUUCUAUUUGAUCGAUCUUUGCGAGAUCAGAUACCAUGAACUGAUGAUGCUUGUGCUUCGCCCGAACCCCCUGUUCCAGCAACCGACAAAGUCAGCCUUGGGCGAAUGUUUCAGCAGCGCAAUUUCCUGCAGCAAGCUCUAUGCAAGACUAUACGGCGACAAUCAGCUGCGGUAUGGAUGGCUAACCGUCCAUUCAUUAUUUUUGUGUAUCAUGACCAUCUUCUACUGUGUCUGGACACCGGAAGGUAUUGCUGAUCAAGUCAAUUUCGACUGCUUGACCACAUCUCUGAAGGCGGCGUCGGAUAUUCUCAGUGCGACAGGAGAAUACUGGCCCGAGGCUAAGCGAAGCCGCGAUGUCUUGGACCGAAUCUUUUCGGCAACCAUGAGGCGCUUCUCUCCGCGGCCAGAAUAUCCAAAGCUGCAGCCCUUGAUUACUUCAGCAGACUUACAACCGGAGAGUGGUCCGGCAUCGACGGGCAUGACGGAUGGUACUAGCAUCUCGUCUCAAGCUGGCAGCAGCGCUUACGGAGAUGGAAUGCACUCUUCAGGAGACGUAGCUGUCACUUCGGCAGAUGGAAUUACAUCUUCAGGGCAUGAGCUACUCCACGGAACACCCGAUCUGAAUCUACAUGGGCUUUUGCCGGAUGGCUCACCGGCUAUGAAUGCCGAGUUCCCUCCUUACCCGAAUACAACACUUGACUCGUUUAUGACGACGGACUGGCUUUCAUACUUUAUGAAUGCCGAAGACUUUGGAAGCAUGAAUAUGGAUCAUAAUUUUGGGGGAUUAGGUGCAGGUGGGUUGGACAUGACAACGGAUAUAUCUGAAUGGUAUCAAGGGGAUAUGAGCGUAUUGAGAUGAUUGGGAUGACAGGGACGGCGUUUUGAAUAGGCAUGAGCAUAACAUACAUGAAUUACAUCAAACCAAGAACAU